ACUUGCUAGUGAUUCGCACUUGUCAACCAUGUGACUUCACAUACACGGACCAUCCAGCACUCUUCUUCUCUUUGGACUCACUGCCGAACUGGCGCGUUUCGUGUGUCUGCUUGUCGAGGUUAUGCGUCGUGUCCUUUUUUCCCUGCCGCGCUCUUGUGAGGGGUCAUACUCGCGCCGCAUGCCAGUGCCCCACUGGUGUUCGAUUGCUGCCGCUGCGUCACUACUAGAGCAUCAAGUUCUGUAAAGUUUCCUGGGUUCUCUCAUCCACACUGAAUCAUUGUUUAGAGGUCUAGAAUAAUGUGGAUCGGUUCCAGGAGCAUUCGUUCGCAUGCGGGCGAGCUUGCGCUCGCUCGCCUGAGAGCGAGGGCAGACCAUCUUUUCCUCGACUUCACUGCCGCGAACACGUCGGUGAAAAAGUACCAUUUCAUGACAUCUCGUGUAUCACCGCUUCUUCGCCGUCCUUCGAGGGAACAGGCGGCCGCGGCAAAGUACUUAUACGCCUCGGUCCCUCCCCUCUGUCAAAUUUCCGCGGCGACUCCUAGACGGCGUGGCGCAGACGAUAAGCGCGCGGGCGGCAACUCACGAGCAGGCAACAAGUCCUCGGGAAACGAGAAGCGACACUUCUCUUUCGCUGCCGCAGGAGGCCUCGGAUCUGUCCUCCUGUGUGGCGCGCCUCUCGCUGGAGGCGAGCGACGCGACGCUGCUCCGUCGUCAGCGGAAACGGAGAAACGCAACUCGUCAGCGUCAACUACCACCCGAUCUUCUUCGUUCUUCCGCGCUCCUUCGUCGUCCCAUGCAUCUUUUAUUGAAUCGAAGUUUCACUUUUUCUCUAGGGCGUUUAGCCAGCAACCAGCCUUGUGUCAAACCGCCGCGCCCGUGCCGAAAACCGACAAAGGACGAAACCAGCAAGGCGCCCGACCAACGGACGACCAUGAGGAGCCCGCUCACCACGACAGUCCGUUCUGGCGUUCUCAGGAGAACCGUCCCUUCGACCGCAAGCUGGGAGACGCUCUGUUGUUCUGCGGCAACAGCAACGAGCCACUGGCGCGUGCGGUCGCAGAUCGCCUCUCCACAAAACUGGGGAAGGCAGUCGUCAAACGGUUUGCAGACGGAGAGGUUAACAUUCAGUUUGCGGACUCGCUCAGAGGCAAGGACGUGUACAUUAUCCAACCUACCAGCACGCCCGUGAACGAACACCUUGUGGAGCUUUUGCUGAUGAUCUCGACAUGCCGACGCGCGAGCGCAAAAAAAAUCACUGCGGUCAUUCCUUACUAUGGCUAUGCUCGACAGGACCGGAAACUGUCUAGCCGCGUACCCAUUUCUGCGGCUGACGUGGCCAGGAUGAUUGAGGCGAUGGGUGUUGAUCGCGUUGUUGCGGUCGAUCUGCACUGCGGACAGAUCCAGGGUUUCUUUGGCCCGCGGGUGCCUGUAGACAACCUCGAGGCGCAGAUCAUCGGCUUGGAGUAUUUCCACCACAAAGACCUCCACAAACCGGUGGUCGUGUCUCCUGAUGCAGGCGGUGUUUACAGAGCUCGGAAAUUCCAAGAAGGUCUCAUUGCUCGUGGGUACAAUGACUGCGGCAUCGCCAUGUUGAUCAAGCAGCGCCUCCGAGCAAACGAGAUCGAGCGGAUGGAUCUUGUUGGAUCUGUCGCUGGCUCCGAUGUCAUUAUAGUCGACGACAUGAUUGAUACCGCCGGCACACUUUGCGAAGCUGCUCGUGAGCUAAGGAAGAAAGGCGCUCGCCGAGUGUUUGCCUUCGCGACCCACGGUCUCUUCAGCGGACCUGCCAUUGAGAGAAUCGAGGCCAGCCCUUUGGAGGAAGUCGUCGUGACUGACAGCAUCAAGGCUCGCCCCGAAGUGGCAGAGUGCCCGCGCAUCACUUCGCUGUCGAUCAGUGUCCUUCUGGCAGAUGCGAUCCGCCGCAUUCACCAGAAGGAGAGUCUUAACGACCUUUUCAAUGUUAAGUAUUAGAAAUUAACUCAGCCUGUACAACCUUUGCGAGUGCACACACACUUUAUUCGCCACGAUACAGGAUAUGCCAGCAUGCAGGUUACCGGCCGUGUGAUACCAUUUUUCGCCUGCCGGUGGCCCCCAGUAGGCUCGGGUAGCAACGUGUUCUGUGUUUAUCCCAGUCUGUCACCAUCUUGGCUUUCUCGUAUACCGCCUUUCUGCAUGUUGUUUCCAUUUUGUGUGUCGCUGCGGCUGAGCUACGGUCACUUACACUCCAACCGUUCAGCGCAGAGAUCUGCCCUCGUGGAGACGCCUGAAUGUUUGUUCUGUUUGGCUCUGUCUCCGUGAUUUGUGUUUGUCGGGCACGCUGUCGGCUGAGAAGCGGAGUUGAUGCUUAAAGUUUUAACCACGUGAUGUGCGUUGUUCUGUAUCUACGAAGGGUGCCGUAUUCUUGUUAACCACACCCUUAAGACCCUUGCUUGGACAGCGGAACGUAAGGGGUCAGCUAUGCUGGAAAAACUGUAAGAAACUGCUCUGAAACUGGACACGGCAGAAAAAGGAGAGGUGAGUCACCUGGCGCCAUGUUCCCUAUUCCCAGCACACUGUGUCCCAGGUUGCUCCUACUGGUUGACAUUGGAUGUGGAAGCGGCUUAGGCCGGCGAGCGGAUCCACGUCAACUCAUGGUGAUACAGUUGUACAACACGCUUGUCACAGAUUCUGUGGUUCGCACUCGAUUCGAUUUCCAUCUAUUUUCAGCACGCAUUGUGAAGGCUCGCGAAUGAAGAGAUGUGACAAACGCAGAGUUUCGUUGACGCACGC